AUGCAGAAAGACAACCUCACAAAACAGAACAUGAGCUCAGGCGGGGGAAAAAAGUCUCGUAAAGGUCGCAAACGUCAGCAAAACAGUGGUCCAUCUGCUGUUCAAGAGGGCAUGGACCGUGGUGACCACUCGUCAAAUGCCACACAUGAAGGGUCCUCCUUGUCUACAUCAGUGUCUCCGGGUCCGUCUAGUGGUUUGGAUGUUCCACCUUCUUCGAAGGAACCAAUAGUUCCUUCAGAAGCCGCACGGCAGAAGAAAAGUCAUCCGAAAUUGGUGUCAACGUCUCCACUUUCGGAAGAAGUUUCCAGGCUGAGUUUGACUAAUGUGUCUAUUCCCAGCAGACCAGACAAAGGCGGUAAGGUGGGGAAACCGACAACUGUCAUUGUGAACUGUUGGGAUUUCUCUGUCCAACCGAAGGUUCUAUACAUGUACCGUGCAGAGGUUAACAAAGUGUCUCGCAUCAAUGAUAAAGAUGCAGUAAAGUGUGAAAUACGAAUGUCUCCGAAAGAUAAACGUGAUUUAAUUUCACGCAUUACUGAGAAACUACCUCAAAUGAUAGUUUACGAUGGGGGUCAUGAUAUAUAUUCUUUGGAGCGCCUGCCUGGAAUAACCACAGACCCAGUGAAGAAAGAAGUUAGCAUCAGUGAUCCAUUGGGUCGUGGUGAUCUCCUCCUGGAGUACCAAAUAAUGGAAGUUAAGAAAGUAUCAACUGACGAUGUCUAUGAGUAUGUACGUAACCCUAAAGCUACGUCGCUGAACAUUCCACAAGAAUGUAUAAGACUAUUGGACUGUAUUGUGAAAACUGUGUCCAAACAAUCCUUUGUAUCCCUUGGACGUGCAGCCUUAUUUCAAGAAGAGCCAAUUAAGGUGGUGGCAAACAAACUUUUCUCUAUCCACAAAGGUUUUAUAAGCAGCGUCAGGCCACAGUGGAAGGUUCGUGUCAACUUGGACAUGACUUGUAAAGCUUACUUUGUAUCAGGAAAUCUUGCGGAUGUUAUGUACGAGAAAUACGGAGAUGAUAUGGUCAAAUAUAGUAAGCAAAUAGCGUUAGACUUGCGGAGGAUACGAGUAGAAACUGACAAAUUCUACAAAAGCGAUAAAGGGAGUGUGUACUCUCGACGCUUCACAGUGCAUGGGAUAUCAUCAUUACCAGCGGAUAAAUUGAUGAUUCAAGAGUUAAAGCAAUCAGUGGCGGAUUAUUUCAAGGAACAUCAUCAUAUCAUCUUGAAGUAUCCAUACCUUCCUUGUGUAAAGGUCGAUCAAAAGCGUGACGUGUAUAUCCCUAUGGAGUUGCUGAACAUUUUACCAUAUCAGCCUCCUAAUGCUAGUAAAGCCGACGUAGCUAGUGAAGUGAUCCGCUGUGCGGCAGUUCGACCAGCGGAACGUUUUCAGGAGCUUCAAACCUUCGUUAAUAAUAUGUUCAAAUCACACCCACUGAUUAAACAAUUCGGUUUGGCAAUCCAACCGAAGCCAGUGGAAAUUAAGGCACGUGUUCUCCAACCGCCAACUGCUGACUUUGGUUGUUCAGGUGUGCAGGCUCUAAAGGCGGGUAGUUUCAACUCACCCGGUUUUCAUGACCCUGCCGGAAAAGAAGGGGAAUUGAUGUGGGCUAUACUUAGUGUUCCACCUAAUCAGUGGGCUGAGGGUAAUGCAAUAAAGGUGAAGAAGGAAUUGCCUGAAGCUGCCAAACGCUUCGGUGUUCGUUUAAGCCCCAGUCCAAUAGUGUCAAAGUGCCCUAAAAGAGAACUUAACAGAAAGUUUGAUGAGUUCUCGAGACAAAACUGCGCGUUUCUGCUGCUUAUCCUUUAUGAUGAGGAGUCCUAUUCAGAAAUAAAACGUCUCAGUGACCUACAAAUGGGCAUUCGCACCCAAUGUGUACGAAGUCGUACUUUGGGCAAACCAAACGUAUUCCCGAACCUGGUACUCAAGCUCAAUGGCAAACUCGGUGGUGUUAAUUGGCGAAUACCAGGCCUGAUUAAAAACAGUGAGGAACUGAUAAUGGUUUUCGGUGCUGACGUCACUCAUCCGGCGCCCACCCAAAUUCAGCAAAUUCGCAAGUCAAUAGCUGCUGUUAUCGGCAGUGUGUCACCGGAUCUAAUGAGAUAUGCGGUAGUUGUCCGCCAACAGGCAACGACAGAGAAAGGCAAUAAGGCGACGAGAGAAAUAAUAGAUGAUAUGCGUCUCACCGUUAAAGAAUUACUUCAGCUUUACUUGCGAAAUACAAAUGGGCGUUUCCCAACACGAAUGAUAUUCUAUCGUGAUGGUGUUUCAGAAGGUCAAUUCGAAAAUGUGUUAGUGGAGGAGUUAGCGGCGAUUCAGAGAGCCUGCGCAGAUAUUCGUCCUGGUGUAGAGCCUGCUAUCACUUAUAUUGUUGUGCAAAAACGUCACCAUAUUCGACUGAAACCGUCUGACCCAAGGGCGAGGAACGUUGAGCCAGGAACGGUGGUUGAUACAGAUAUCACGCAUCCCAGGGAAUUCGACUUCUACCUCUGCUCUCAAGAAGGGAUACAGGGGACAUCUAAACCUGCUCAUUAUCACGUUUUGUACGAUGACAGUAAUUGGACAUCGGAUGCUUUGGAAAUGUUCACUUACUACUUAUGCUACGGGUAUAUGAGAUGUUGUCGUAGUGUGUCGUAUCCAGCGCCAACUUAUUAUUCGCAUCUGGCUGCAUUUCGGGCGCGUGACUGGUUAUCGUCGGAUCUAGAGAAUCCAGAGAUUUUGUUAGAUGGUGGUCGUUUCAAAGUCCACAGAAGUCAAGUCGAUGGCAUGUUUUACUUGUAA